AUGCAUGUCUCCUGGCUUCUUUCCAGCCUCGCUACAGUAGCCAUCGCUCAAGAAGAGGAUCUCAACCUGUUUGACUAUGGGCGGCGAGGUCCUCUCAUCGGUACCUCUUUCGGCAUCCCCGGCGUGAACGAAACCUUUGACUACAUCGUCAUCGGAGGCGGCACAGCGGGUUUGACUAUUGCGAGCCGACUUGCCCAGAGCGACCGAUUUAGCGUCGCCGUUAUUGAAGCGGGUGGUUUCUACGAGAUUGACAAUGGCAACCAGUCUGUCGUACCAGCGUACACCAAACCCGGGGCAACCUCCCAGACUUACAAUCCUCUGAACGAUUGGGGCUUCAAGACGCAGCCACAGCAAGCCCUGAAUGGCCAGGUAUUCCACUAUACUCAGGGCAAGGGUCUCGGAGGCAACUCGGCCAAGAACAGUAUGAAUUACAACCGUCCUACUAAUGAGAGCAUGAGAAGAUGGGCGGAGGAGGUGGGUGACGAGAGCUAUACCUUCGAUCGCAUGCUGCCGUACUACAAGAAGUCCGUUCGGUAUACUCCGCCAGACCCAGCCAUUUGGGGUGACUACAACAGUCUGCAGAAUACAGACGCCUUCGACAACGGCGGUCCUCUUGAGGUAUCUUCGGGCAAUUGGGUCGAACCGAUGGGACUCACUAUGCACCAAGUGCUAACUGAAAGGUUUGGGCUUGCUGUGACGGAGUUCAACAGUGGUAGCUUGAUCGGCUCCGGGUUCAUGAGCCAAACUGUCAACCCGAGAAACGCCCACCGGUCGUCGUCAGAGUCCAGCUUUCUGCAGCAGGCGCUUGAUAGCGGGAGCAAGCUCACGGUCUACAAGAGUACGCUCGCUCAGAAGAUACUGUUCAAUGGCGGGAACAAGGCCGCUUCCGAAGUCCUCGUCACGACGGCAGGCACGUUUGGCACCCCGAAUCUGGACUUCUUCCUUAGAGCUCGCGAAGAGAUUAUAGUAUCAGCCGGCGCCAUACAGUCUCCGCAAUUGCUAAUGGUCUCUGGCAUUGGUGAGUGUGAACAGCUCUCGAGAUAUGGGAUUCCUUGCAUUAGCCACCUGCCCGGCGUUGGGAAGAAUCUGCAGGACCAUCCUGCCGUGAUCACAGCUUGUCGAGCCAAUGUCUCCAAAAUCCCUUCUUUAAUCUCUAAUGAGGCCUCACGAGCACUGCACGUACGGCAAUAUCUCGAGAAGGCUCAAGGGCCAUUGACAAGUGCCAGCACCGGGUACUUUGGCUUCGAGAAGCUACCGCAGCAGUAUCGUGCCGAGCUGUCUAACGAGACUCUCGUUGGUCUUGCAGACUUCCCUAUGGACUGGCCCGAGAUUGAAUGGACAGGUCCAAGCCUGAGCGAAAGUGAUGAGAUUCACGAACAGUCUAUCGCCUUGGGAUCGAUAGUUCAAGCUACCUUCUCCCGCGGUUUGGUCUCCCUGGCCAGCCCAGACAUGUCCACGCCGCCCAUUAUCGACCCACAGUGGCUAGCCGACCCAAGGGAUAUGCAUACCUCAAUUCAAGCAUUCAGGCGGAGUCGUGAGGUGUGGGCACACCUGGCUGAGCUUGGAGUCAUUGAUCUUGGGGAGUGCUUUCCCGGAUCCGAGGUGAAGACGGAUAAUCAGAUUCGCGAGUUCCUAAGACAGCAUGCGUCGGCGAUCAAUCAUGGCUCGUGCACUUGUAAGAUGGGAUCGAAGAGCGAUGUUAUGGCAGUCAUCGACAGUGCUGCUCAAGUGUAUGGAGUUCAGCGUCUGCGAGUUGUCGAUGCCAGCAGCUUCCCCUUCCUGCCGCCGGGCCAUCCGCAGUCGACCGUCUACGCUCUAGCUGAGAAGAUUGCGGACGCUAUACUGCGAGCGAAGGAUAGCUCCAGCUCACAGUGAGCAGGCUGGCUCGAGUUUGGGC